AUGGUCGCCAUGAAGAGAUCAGCCCUCGCAUUGGCGAUGGCUGCCGUGGUUGGCGCUCAAAGCUCGUCAGUCAUCAAUGUCUUCAUUCCUGAUGCGGACGACCAAACUCUUCUGGGAUCCCUCAUUGCUUCUGAUGCGACCAAAACCACCAUGGCCAUCUCGUGUCCGUCCAACGCCGACAUGAGCGAAUGCGGAUUCGGCCCUGACGCGGUUACCAUCACUUUCGGUCCCUCAACCUUCCGCGCCGCGGAGACCCUCGACCCAUUGUCGCUCAUGCUCGACUGCAAUGUGAAGGGCACAACAGCCGCCACGUGCACAGAGACAUACAUUGGACCUGCAGAUAUCCUGGAUACGGAAACGGCGACGGCCACUGACUCAAUAACCGAUACCGAUACCAAAAUGAUCACGACGACCACCACGACAGUCCUAUCGCAGUCCGAGAUUGUUUUCAUUCCCGUGACGAUCACCGCGUUCGCCGACUCCAGCAGCAAUACUAGUGCUACCACCACUGGGGCGAGUGGAAGCACAGCCUCACUAGCCACAGCUACGUCAACGGGCUCUGGGAGCAGUAGCUCGGCGUCUAGCAGCGCCAGCGCAAGUACGAGCCCAUUGGAUCAGAGCAACAGCGCUGGAAGCGUGGGCGCCACUCGCUGGGAGUUGGUAUCCGCAGCGGGAGCCGGGCUGAUCGGACUGACGCUUGUCCUGUUGUAA